AAUUUGGUUGCAGACACCAUAGUGGGAAAGCACGACGCCGCCAUCCGUUGUGUAGAACACUGCCCGGAGGUGAACGUCAUGGUGACGGGGAGCUGGGACAGGUCAGUCCGACUCUGGGAUCCCAGGGCGCCCUGCAACGCCGGCACCUUCACGCAACCGGAUAGGGUGUACACCAUGUCUGUAGCGGGCGACCGGCUGAUUGUCGGCACGGCGGGCAGACGUGUGCUGGUUUGGGACCUGAGAAACAUGGGCUACGUCCAGCAGAGGCGUGAGUCCAGUCUCAAGUUUCAGACCCGCUGCAUCCGAGCCUUCCCCAACAAGCAGGUAUG